AAGCUGUUAUUUAGGGGGGUAUUACAGCUUUUUAAAAACGAUACUGAAAUCAUGAAAUUGAAACAACGAAGUAAAAGGAAUUAACAGCAAAACAGCAGUUGUUAAAACACGCUAUGAAAAAGAAAUGUGAAAAGACGUCAUUUAAUAAGCGCGGCAGUUGAGCUUAAAUUAUAAAGAGCUUGCAAGUAGCUAAGGUUGGACUUGAACUCUUCACCUUUUGGUUUAUAGUUUUGAUUAAUUCGUGACCUUUUCAACUUUGUACAGCUGUUUUGCCGAUGUUAGCACGUUAUUUAGCGCUAACCGUUGCGUAUUAUGAUGAAUCAGGACUGUUACUAAAUAGAACUGCGUGGGACAUGUCUUUCUCGGUAAUAGCCAGCUAGCUGACAUAAGAGAAAAACAUUUACACGUUUAUGAAACGAUUCCGUUUCCGAGUCGUGCGCUGCGUUUCCUUGGCACAUAACACCGUAAACAAAUGACUUAACAAACGCUGUAACAGAUAGAAUAACUGUCGCUUUGAUUGAAGGUCGUUAAGGGCAGGGCAUAACGUAGUUUUGUAAACAAAAUUUAUGCAUGUAUUUUAGUCAGCAUCAGUUAGCUGUAACGUUAAAAAUGACUACCGUUUUGCUGCUAAUUCCGUUCGUUUUACUGUUUUAAUUAAUCUGAUUUACGUAGUUUUGUGAACAAAAUUUAUGUAGUUUUUUAGUCAGUGCCAGUUAGGGCUAACGUUAUAUUGUAUUUUAACGACUGUCAUUUUGCUGCUAAUUUCCUUAUCUUUGUUUUUUUUUUUUGAUUAAUUUGAUCUUAGUUAUCGUAUUCAAAGAGAUAAAUAAAAUGUUCUUAUAACGCUGGUUAUAGAUUAAUUAAAACACCGAAGAGCAGGGAACUAGCAGCAAAACUACAGUCUUUAGAACAAAAGCGGGGUUAUAAUCUUUUACGCAUAAAUUGCCCCAAAAUCGUCGAAUGUGUAUUUUUGUUAUAGUGUAGAUAUAGUGUAGGACAAAUAUAUACCCUUGCGUAAAACCCUAAUCUAAUAAGUCAAACUUACGUAAUAAUAAAUAUCCUGUAAUGUCAUAUAAGGUGCUUAAAAUGUGUCAUACCCGGCAACGCAAAAAACGUCAUAUUAUAAUGUGUAUGGUGAUUAGAACGUUACACGAGCGUAUUAUGAAUGUUGUGAUACAAGACGGACAAAAUUAAGUGUGAAAGAGAUCUUCAUCCUGCAAUUGUUUAUUUUGAGAUCAUAAAAGGGGCAAAAGUUAAGGAAGUAUACACUUUAAGCUUACAGAGUAGUAUAUAUAUUGCAUGUUUUUUUUAUCUUUAAGGACUUAAAACAGUAUAGAAAAUUAGUGUAGUAUAGUAGAGUGGGGGAAGACGGGACACCUUCAGCACAUAAUAUCCUAGUAUCCUGUUCGUGUUUUAAACAAUUGACAACGGUCCAUAGGAGUCGUGAAGAUACGGUUUUAUAAUUUUUUGAAUGUUCUUUGUUUACUACCAAAUGGGACGAGAAAAUAGAAUGAAAAGGUGUCCCAACUUCUUCACCCUAAUAUAUAUAUAGUUUACAGAUUGUAUCCAGCUUGAAAAAGAGAAAUUUCGUUAUAAUAAUUUGUGGUCCAAUUUUUUGUGGUCAAAUUUUGUUAUAAAAAUACCGUUUUUGUGGUCGAUCAUUUUGACAGCCUAUCGGCGUCAUAUACGUCCAAAGUUCAAAACUACGAUUGGAGUAAUAAGGAUAUGACGUGUUAUAACAACACGGGUCAAAAGAUUCACAUCACGUCCGCGCAUGCGCAGUAAAAGAAAUGGAAAAAAAGCGAAAGCCUUGCACAAUUUAAUGCUCACUUUGCAUAAUAGGCUAGACUGCUAGAGUAUGUUGCAGUUGUGGCAUAAGUCACGGCCUACUAGAGGUAUAUCUCUAGUAGGCCGUGCAUCAGUCUAAAAUAAUCUUUGACCAAAUGCAAAGCGAUUUUGUUAGAUUCUACCGUUAAGUGGCAGCUUUAUAAAGAUCCCGUUUUUGGAAGAGAAAUAAGGUUAUCAGUUUUACAAUGCAUGUUUUUAUGGCAAAGAAAAGUUUUUAGAGUUAAUGCGUAUUUACUGUCAUAACAUGAUUGGAACUUGGUUGAUUUUGUUAGGAAUAAAAUACUUUUAACAGAUAUUUUGCCAGAAAUAUAAGAUUGAAAAUGCGUGUUUUUUGUUUAAUAAAAUAGUUUUUACAGUCAAUAAAAGAUUGAAAUUUUGUUUGCUUUCAUUUUCAUUACGUUGUAGAUCGGUUCAACGUGAAGUGUUUAGUUAUUAUUGUGACGUUACAGAGCGAUCUGUCGUUAGUUACUGUGACGUAACAGAGCGAUCUGUCGCUCAGAAAGUAUGUAAACAAAUACUUGAACGGCAACAGCAGAGAAUAUUGGAAAAUAUGACGUCAUUUCAAGGCCUUUUUAACACUUCAAAUCUAACCGGUUCUACAAACGUGUGCGUAAACACGGAAUCGUGGGGAAAAGCAAUUACCGCCAUAGCCGGGACACUUAUAGUGCUUGGAAAUUUCUUAGUUGUUGUUGUACUAAUGCGACUACCAGCCCGAAGAUUUAGGCCGUUACAUUGGUUCAUUGUACAGCUAGCCGUCGCGGACUUUUUCGUGGGUUUGAUCGUUCUUUGGAUCGGUACAUUUUCAUCUUUAUUUUUGGACACAGUUUCGCUUAUGAGCGGUAUUGCUACAUACGGUGUUCUAGCCGCUGCUACUUCCACGUCUACACUGGGCGUACUGUUUAUAGCAGUUGAUAGGCACUUCUAUAUAUUGAGACACAGAAGGUAUAAGCAAAUUAUGACACGGUUACGAGUUGGUACAGCGAUUGUUGUGGCUUGUGUCGUCCCUGCAACGUUUUUCGUGGUCGUGCCUGCUUUUGGCUGGAACUGUAUUCAAUCCUGCGAUUGUAGGCUGUAUAAUAUUGACCAGAAUAGAAGAUAUUGUUUUGGAAGUCACUGCUCACAAAUGAUGACACCUUUUAGAGGGGAGACGGUCUUGGGAGGGGGAAUUUGCUUGUUGCUGUUGUUGGUCGUUUCUGUUUCCGUGUACGUAAAGAUUUUUGUGCAGGUUCGAUUCCUCACAAAAACAACAGGAAGACAAAGAAAUCGGCGAAACUCAGAAAUGCAGAUGAUAAAAACAAUGCUAAUUGUCCUCAGUGGUUUUGUCUUCACCACUGGACCUCUAGCCAUCCUAUGCGUUGUUUCUUACUUUCACAAUGUCCGGGAGUUGCAUAAUACUAUGAGGAUACUGGUUGUGAUCAGCACGAUUAACUCAAUCCUCAAUCCCAUCUUUUAUUUCUGGAGGAUCCCGGAUCUGAACAGCAACCUUCGCAUUAUGAUCCGAGAUUCGUUGAUCUUCUGCUGUCCUUCUUGCUUUGCGGAUGAUAACGGGGUCCUCAGAGGUAGGAAGAAACUAUCCUCUGUAAAGCUGAAGACUUCUUCCAACCCAAGAAGACAGAAUGUGAGGCAGAGUGAAUCAAGUCUGAGUUUACAAUUCAAGAUGCCAGAUAGGGAAAUAACACGAUCCAGAGACAACAAUUGAGUCAAGCAAUAAUUCUUCUUCUGGUGGGAAAAAGCGAAUAAGUGCCCAAUUUUUCAGUUGGAAACAGAACUUUUUUUAGUUAUACACAUAAGAAGCUAACUUGGUAAGACAAAGAGAUUUACAAAUAAGCCAAGUAACAUACGAAUUUUUGUUUUUUCUGGAAACGGCACGAUUUUACCCAAAUUUUUGUGUAAAAGACAUAAUUUAAAAUUGAAGCUUAAAUUUUGUGUAGACACUAAUUUUUUGUGUUUGGGCACCAGAUUUUUGUUUGGUCUUUGAACACAGUAUCAAUUCAGCCCGUACUCCUAAUGCAUUAGUCAUCCAUUUGUACAGGAAACUAUUUUUGGUAGAGUAAAUGCAUGCCCACUUUUUGCGUGUAUAUUGAAAAACUAACAGCUCUAAGGAUAUUUAUGCAAAAACUAUUGUGUUUUAUGCCAUUUUUGAAUAUUUUUUGACUAAUUUUGAACUGUACCUAUAUUGUGUAGGUUAUAUUUAUUAAUUAAAUACAAUUUAUAUAUAUAAUAUAUAUGCUAUUGUCACAAAUAACAUUUCAACAAUAUUUCCCAACAUAUUUUUGCAUAUCUAUUGAAUUAUUAGUCCAAAAGAUAUUAUUUUGUUACUUCUGCUACAAGGUAUAAUCUAAAUAAUCUUUAAGCGGCUUCUCGUAUAAAAACCAAGCACAUUUCCCGAUGAAGUGUUGUUGAAUGGCAGUUGAAACAUUGGAAAUACACUCAAUUUUUAUAACAGAUGAGCCACCAAAAGAUAUUAUUUGCAGAAAUUGUACCAUAAAAUUGUAACACAGCAUCACAUUACUACUACUUUCCUCUUUCAUUAUAUUAUUACCUUCAUUACACCUAAGUCGUAUAUUACCGUUAUUUAUUAUCAUUAUGUAUUGUGUUUACAACUGCCACCACAAAGUUCUGUAAUACAAGUCUUAACAUUGAAA